AUGGACGGAGCUUCGUCUAAUAUAUAUGCAUCUGCAAACUCUGUCGUAAAGUUCAAUGGGCAGAACUAUGGUGAAUGGUCAGAACAGAUCCGGUUUUCACUAGGUGUUAUGUCACUUGACCAUGCCAUACUUACGGAAGAUGAGCCUGCAGCCAUUACAGAAGAAAGCUCCGAAACGGACAAGUCUCGAUAUGAGACUUGGGAGCGCUCUAACAGGCUAAGUCUCAAUCUUAUGAGGAUGACGAUGGCAGAAAGUUUUAAGCCAUCUAUGCCUAAGACAGAGAGUGCAAGGGAAUUCAUAGAAAAGAUAAAGGAGUGUUCACAAUCGGAAUUGGCCGACAAGUCAAUUGUAGGGAGCCUAAUGAGUGAGCUCACUACAAGAAAGUUUGACUGGUCCCAACCUAUUCACGAUCAUGUAACACACAUGUCAAACUUGGCAGCAAGGCUCUCUACCUUGGGAAUGGAGGACCUUAAAGAGCUAAAGGCCAUGUUAGUACAAGAGGAAGGGAGACUAAAGAAGAUGGGUGUCCAAGUUGUGAAUCUAAUGGGUCAUGGAGGAGCAAGCACCAGUAAGGGAAAGACAAGUAAAAAUGACAAACGUAAAGAUUCUUCUUUACCUAAAGGCCCCGAAAAGAAGAUUCAGAAGGAAAGGAAGUGUUUCUUCUGUAGAGAAACGGGACACUUCAAGAAGGAUUGUCUGAAAAGAAAGGCAUGGUUUGAAUCGAAUCUUAAUGAAGUGCCUAAUAAUACUUGGUGGUUAGAUUCUGGUGCUACUACUCAUGUGUCUCACAUUGAACAGGGAUUCAGUACGAUCCAGCCUAUAAAAGGAAGUGAACAAUACUUGUUCAUGGGAAACAGGAUGAAGGCACAAAUUAAAGGCGUCGGGACCUACAGAUUGAUCUUAGACACAUGA